AUGGCCGGAGCUGCUGAUAGCAGUACUGUAAUCAGUGGACUAACUGAAGGGGCAACGUAUUCUAUUAGUAUGGUGGCUAACUCCAGUACAAUACCAAGUGAUGUGACUACAGGUCCUGAUGUCACUAUAGAGCGGGCCAACAUCACUCUCGCCUCUUCUCCUUCCUCCCCCAUACUGGCUGGUGGCUCUGUCACUAUCACCUGCUCAAUCUCACUGCCCUCUGGAGUAACUGGUACUCCAGUACUCCGGUGGGAGGGGCCUGGAGCAACUGAAUCUACAAGAAAUGAUGGAAGUUUGUCGAGUAACCUCACACUCAGUAGCAUAUCAACAUCUCAAGCUGGAGUCUACAUGUGUACUGCCACCCUCGAUGGAUCUGUCUCUGCUGAUACUAACAUCACUGUCCAAGUUCCAACGCCAACUCCAUUCAUCACUAACUCCACUAUUAUUGCUGGAAGUGGUGGCAACCUCACAUGUAGCUAUGCUCCCGGACCCUACAUUUUCUGUCGAAGCAAGCGCACUUGGACAGUGGGUGGAGAAGAAGUGACCGCCUCUGAAGACGACAGGAUCUCAACUGAGGGAACAUCUCUCGUAUUCUCCCCUUUCCAUACCUCUGACACUGGCAAUUAUACUUGUAGUCUGAGCCUCAUGUCUAUGGAACCAUAUAUCGAGGUUGUCCAGGGACCACAGAUGUCACAGGUGUCAGAGAUUAUCGUGCAGAUCCCUCCACCUGGUGUGGCAGUAUCUCUCAACCGUAGUGGUCUCUGUAUGCUGGAACUGGUCUCAGUAUCACGUGUACUGCCACUCUGGACCCCAGUGUCAACAAUGAUGAGAAGCACCACAAAUCACCCAAGUGGUCGCUAUAGUAGUGUUCUCACCAUCAGUCCUCUAGCUGUCCAAGACAAUGGUCCAUUCACCUGUACUGGGACCGUCACUGGACUAGACCAAAGCCAGUCAGCCACUAAUACCAGUAGUACCAAUGUCAGUAACAGCUGCUCCAUCCAGCCUCCCUCUGUGGACACCUCCACCACUGUCCUCUCCAAUUGGAGCACUCCUGGUGGUAGAAACAACAGAGUCAAUGAUGAGAAUGAAACUAGUCCACAGUUGGUCAUAUCCAGAGUAGAGACAGCAGAUAGUGGAGACUACACCUGUUCAGUCAGAGUGACUGACUCCACUAAUAGUCCAUAUAUACUGGACAGUCCUCUAGCAUAUAAUACAACAACGAUCACUGUCAAACUGAAUGUGACUGUGAGUGCACUCUAUGAACCAGCUCCAGGGGAGGUCCCUGGGGAAUUGGGUCCUAAUGAAUUCACUGCAGGCAGUAAUCUAACUCUCAACUGUUCAGUUGAGGGACACAGUGGAGCUCUGAGCUACAUGUGGUCUCUCACUGGGAACCCCAGUACUCCAUCUGGCUGUGGUAGUAGCUGUAACAUUGAUAUCUCAUCCACUACCUCCACACUGGUGGUGGGGGACCAGAACUAUACUCCUACUAUGCUGGUGACUACACAUGUACUACCUCUUCCAGCCUCAGCCCAAGGAGUAUACACCUGCACCAUUCCUGAUUCCAAUGGAAAUGACAUAUCCCUCAAUGUGGGACUGUAUCCACCUGGCUUCAAUGUGACUCCCACCAUCACUAAUCUCACCUACCACGAGGGCAAUGAUAGUCAUACCCUCACAUGUGUGUCCACUGGCUCCCCUGCCACCAAUGUCUCCUGGACAAAGGACGGAGCACCUCUUACGUCGGAUUACACAAUUUCUCAGACUGUCAUUGACCGCAGUGCCUCCACCUACUCCAAUGUCCUGACAGUCAGUCCUGAAGGGGCUGCUGGUACCUACAACUGCACAGUCUCCAAUGAUCUGGGCUCUAACUCUAGUGUGGUAGUGGCUCUCGGCAUCACUGUAUCAGGUGAGGAUAGUCUCACUGUGGGGCAGUCAGGAACCAUCAGCUGUAGAACCAACGUGAGAGUAUCUUCUAUUGAAUGGAGGAACCAGUCGACUGUGCUGGCCAGUAGCAGUAGUGACAAUCUCACACUGUUGGAGUAUACAUUUCCUCUAGUAACAGACGACCUACAUGGACAGCAGUAUACCUGCACUGCUGUGGCUGGUGAUGAUACCUACAGAGAAACUGUUUCAUUGGUAGUGAAAUUGCCUGAAAACCCUAUCACAGUCACGGCAAGUGUGACUGAUGUUGGUUCACCACUAGCUGGAGAGCCUGGUCCCACUCUGACAUGGCAGGCUAAGAUCUCCAGCAGCAGAAAAUGGAAUCAUUUCAAUUUCCACAUCCCCUAUCCCUGUCAGCGUAAGAUUCUCUCCCCUGUUGGCACCAACCCGGUCCUCAGCCACCCUGUCUGGGUUCUUCUCUGGAGUCCGCUACAACUGCAGCAUCUCCACCAUCUCCCAACGUGGAUCCUCUCUCCCCUCUCUCUCACCCUAUCCACCAAUGAGACUGCUCCAUCGGGAUCUCCGAAGAUAGAGGUAGUCCCAGGAGAGAGAGAAGUUGUGUUCUCCUGGUCUCCUCCUCCUGUCACCCAGCGUAAUGGAGUCAUCACCAGUUACACCCUCUCCUGCUCCCCCUCCCCCUCCUCCCUCCCUCACUCCCCCACCUCUCAGUCUGGACCUCACACAGUGGCCGGCUUCUCUCCCAACACUCACUACUCCUGUUCUCUGGUGGCCAGUAACAUCAGGGCUCUGGACCUCCUGCCAACACCUCAUUCACCACUCAACAAGACUUUUGGCGGCUUGCAGAUCAUAACGAUGAGACUGCUACUGUUGGUUCUCUGUGUUCUCUACUGGAGUCUGGUCGACUCCCAGACAAUAGUCAUCAGGAGAAGUCACAAUGACACAGUGUACAUUGGGACUCAGCUCACUCUGACCGCUCACAUCUCUCUCAGUGAUGUGAAUUCAGUGGACGUUACCUGGACCAGAGGCAAUGAUGUCAUAGCCAAUGACUCUCAUACAUCGGUAGUCAGUGCAAGUGGCUCCACCAGCUACAUGUCAUCUCUCUCAUUCUCUCCUGUUACCUCCUAUGAUGGUGGUCCCAUCACUGCCACAGUGACAGCUACUGCCACUGCUACUAGUCCAGUUGUGACUGCAUCUGAUACACACAUCUUGAUGGUUACAGUCCCCAGGCCAGUGGUGAUAGUAUCUGUACCAGGAGAAGAGCAGGAGCUAGUGUCUGGGUCUAGUCUCUCGCUCUCCUGUUUUAUCCAGCCUCUCUCUGUGGACACCUACACCACUGUCCUCUCCAAUUGGAGCACCCCUGGUGGUAGAAACAACAGAGUCAAUGCUGAGAAUGAAACUAGUCCACAGUUGGAUUUAUCCAGCGUAGAGACAGCAGAUAGUGGAGACUACAACUGCUCAGUCAGAGUGACUGAUUCCACUAAUAGUCUGUAUAUACUGGACAGUCCUCUAGCAUAUAAUACAACAACUAUCACUGUCAAACUGAAUGUGACUGUGAGUGCACUCUAUGAACCAGCUCCAGGGGAGGUCCCAGGGGAAUUGGGUCCUAAUCAGUUCACUGCAGGCAGUAAUCUAACUCUCAACUGUUCAGUUGAGGGACACAGUGGAGCUCUGAUCUACAUGUGGUCUCUCACUGGGAACCCCACUACUCCAUCUGGCUGUGGUAGCUGUAACAUUAAUACCUCAUCCACUACCUCCACACUGGUGGUGGGGGGACCAGAACUAUACUCCUACUAUGCUGGUGACUACACAUGUACAGUCGAUGAGAUUGGAAGAUCCAACAGUGGAAACAGUCAUACCUUCCCUGUCAAUGUUGUUGGUGCAGGGAUAUAUGCACUAAGGUCUGGCAGCAGUGAAUCAUCAGGUCCCAUAGCCAACAAUGGACUGAUAGUCAGUGAAAAUCACACACUGAUACUGGAGUGUGUCUCUAACUCCAAUAUGGCUGGAGUGGGAAGCAUCACUACACCUGAUGGAACCAUACUAACUCCUGAUAGCACUACUAGUACUCUGAGUUUAACUAACCCAUUC